GCCAGUAUCCUGCAUAGAUUACAAGCACAAGCCACUACUUACGUAUGUAGUGCUAGGGUUCUGGUUAUAUUCUUGCUCUGUUAAAAGUGCAGCUGCCACAGGACUGACUGAUUGACCUAAUUACUAGAUAAUCAUCAACCUAUAACAUAACUGUACUUUUACUUACGCUUGCCUGCCUUCUACCUCACCUGCAGGCCAGCGAGGCUUGGUUUGGCUGCGUCAACCACCCCUCGUCCGCACAUCGUGGCUUUUCCUCCUCUCGUUGGUGCUUCGCUCCCAAAGCCGAGGGUCGUGUCGUCAUGACUGAUCCUGGUGGAUGGAGUCGUCCGGGGCGAUCGCCUGGACUGUUAGUGUUGGGUACUGGUUUCGAUCUGCCAUUCUCCUCUUCCCUCAGGAACACUCGUGGCCUUGCUGUACUUGUGGUUCGACAAAUGAGAGCCCGAAUGGCCGGUAAUCGGCGUAUCGGUUCGCCCUCGCUGGUCACCUCCACCACCUCCACCGUUCCGUUCCCACUACCUUUUGUGCCUUAGUCAUGCUAAGUCAGGCCCAACGCAUGAUAGUUAUAUGGGGCUAUUGGAAUUUUUUGCGAGGGCAUAUGAAAAUGGUGAAAAAUGAGAAUGAGAGUAUUAAGUGGACCAUUUCACCUUGGCGGAGCAUGGGGUACCCUGGUGCCCUGGUGCCUUUUUUUUUUUUGCCCUAUUUUCAUCUCUUUCAGUGGCUGCCUGUCACUACUGAACCCAACUAAACCUCCAUUGAACAAGUGUCAGUCCCAAACACGCUGCUGAGUGGGUGAACCAUGAUACCAUUCUACGGGUCUCCCAGGCUGUCGGAAGUACGGCGCUAACAGGAACUUACCAUGGUCAUGUUUCCGGAAGAGUUAGCCUCAGCUGCUCGAUUGCAGUCUGCGAUUGGUAGACCAUGGAUCGUAGCUAUCAUCAUCAUGAGCUCUCCAUGACAACCAGAAC